UACCCUUUAUUCGGGAAAAACCAUCUGUGCACAGGGGAGGGUGUGUUAAGUCGCACGCCGAAUGCAGCCAUUUUGCAAUGGUUAUCACUAGGAUUGAGGAUGGAGGAGGGGUGGAAGAGCAGGGGUUUCGUGCAAUAUCCCUUGUGACGUUUGCGGGGGGGAGGGGGGUUAAAGCUUCCGUGUAAUUUAUUUCUGCAGCCAUUUCCCGCCUCCUUUCUGUAACGUUCUCCCCUCCCUGCGCUUGUGUUUGGUUCGUCCCAAGGUCCGCAGACAAAAGAAUCCAAUAUUGCAAAGCCCCGGGCGCUGAUCUGCACCCCUCCCCCUUCCUUCCCUGCUGCAAUGGUUGAGCCCUGGCAGUGAAUUUGCAGAGAGAGGGGGCGGGGUCAGGCGGGGUGAAAGGUCAGAGCAGCAGCUGGUGCCAAGUGAAUAAAGCAGAAAUGAUCGGAGAGGGAGGAGGGAGGAGCGACAUUGUGUCUGAGGGGGAGGAGGAGGAGAGCGCUGACGUCACUAUUCCAGCCUGACUGACUGUUUUUUUUCAAAUAGGGAUUUUUUUUUGUCUUUUAAAUCGCAGUCAGCCUUUAGGGGGCAGUGAUCUGUUAGUGGUGCUGGAGGGAGGGGGGAGAUCUAUACAUAAAAUACUCACUCACUAUAUACAUUUAUUUAUACUUAUUCCUGCCACAAUGGAUGCAAAUUGGAGCAGUUUUAUAUUCCAGACCCCUCCUCCUCCCCCUGCUGAACCACUGCAGGUUGAGCUCUUACCAGUCUUGGCCACAGUUACAUCGUCCCCAGAUGGAACCCUCCAGUCUCAGACCAUGGUGCCUACUUUGGCCACCCAUCACCCCUCAACUGUGGAUACAGCUGCUCUCAAACAGGUGGUGCCCGGCCUUUCUGUUUCACAACAGAUUACUCCUAUUGUUACCCCCCAUCAUUCAUCAGGCCCCACUGCCCUGCCAUUGCAGCCCCUCAUGGAACUCCCUAAGAAAUCAAAGAGCCGGGGCCCUUAUAUCUGUUCUUUGUGCUCUAAAGAGUUUAAGAAUGGAUACAACCUAAGGCGGCAUGAAGCCAUUCACACUGGAAAUAAACCAGCCCGGGCAGCACCUUCAGUUGAUAAAAUCACCGCCAUGGUGCCUCUCAGUUUGCUGGGUGUGGCGAGUGCCCUGGGUACAGGAACAGAAGGUCUGGAAAUGCCUGCCUCCCCCUCCACCCUCUCUUUACCGGGCCCAUCCCCUUCGGCAAAGAAGGUGCGCAAAAACCAUGCGUGUGAAAUGUGCGGGAAGGCAUUCCGGGAUGUGUAUCACCUGAACCGCCACAAGCUGUCCCACUCCGACGAGAAGCCGUAUUCAUGCCAUGUGUGCCAGCAGAGGUUCAAGCGCAAGGACCGCAUGACCUAUCAUGUGCGCUCUCAUGAUGGGACUGUGCAUAAACCCUACAUCUGCAGUCACUGCGGAAAAGGAUUCUCCCGACCUGAUCAUCUGAACAGCCACGUUAGGCAAGUCCACUCUACAGAGCGUCCAUUUAAAUGCCAGACCUGUGAAGCUGCCUUUGCUACUAAGGACCGCUUGCGGGCCCACAUGGUGAGACACGAGGAGAAAGUCCCUUGUCACGUGUGUGGGAAGUUGCUGAGUGCCGCAUACAUUACUGACCACAUGAAGGUUCACAGCCAGGGCCCCAAUCAUGUAUGUGAGCUGUGUAAUAAAGGUUUUGCCACAGCCGCGUACCUGCGUGUCCAUUCGGUGAAGCACCACGGUCUGGUGUGCCCACGGGCAGACAGCUUCCUCUGCAAGUUGUGCAGCGUACACUGCAAAACCCUGGCACAGCUGAGCGGGCACAUUCGUACACACGACAUGUCGGGGCCCAACGGGCUCAGUGACGGGUCCUCACUGCGGUGACCUCUGCUAAGGGACCUGCCAAGUGUGCCCUCUUGCGGAUCCAUCUGCUUCUGUAACUUCUGUUCUGCCGAGUGCUGGUGUCGCGGGCAUGGUGCACACUCAGCCGUGGUGACUGGCAUUCCUAGAGGGGGAGCAGUUACUGUGACCUCUCUAUGAUGGACAGAGAAAGGAGGACCCGUGCUCCCCUGGGCAGACAUUUGUCUCUGGAAGAGUACUGGGGCGUGCGUGUGACCCAUUUCUAACCUCCUAGAAGGCAUUAUAUUAAUAGGGGGUGGGUGGUUGGUCUCAAGGACACCUGUGAAAUAACACUCAUAAGGGUCUAACUGGCACUUUAUGGUGCUAUUUUGAAGAGCGUCUCCUUGCCCCAACAUAACACUUCUGUGGGAAAGCUCCUCUAUCCCUGGGGGAUGGUUAAUAUACACUACGUGAUCCUAUACUGUGACUAGAUAUUUAAUUCACCCUUAAACACUUUCCAGUCUAAGUGUGAGUAGGACUGAUGGCACAGAAUGGGUUCACUGACUGGUGUCUUAAAGGCAAUGCUGGGCAUCCGUGGGAUGAUUUUUUUUAGAUUGGCAAGCAAGGGAGACUAGGCCAGGCUUAAAAAUGGGCUUAAUGUGAUACAGGCAUUUAUGGGGGGUUAAAAGUCUGGAAAUGUAUGGACUGGGUUAGGAGGAGCUGCUGUGCAAAAUAGCCCGAUGACUAAAUCUCUGCAGAUCGGCCAUGAGAAGAUUUUAAUAUAUUAGAGUAGUAUUUGAGGGGAUUUUAUAUUGACACUGUACUAAACUAGUAUAGAAGGGCUUAAUAUUGUUGCAUUCUACUGGCCUGCCAUUGAAAUAAGUAACAAAAGUGGUGUCUUGGGAUGAUACCAGGUAAAAGAGGGGUAAAUGGUUCCAGAGUGGGUUAUUGGAUAGCUAAUACACCACAUUUGCCUAGAUUUGGCAUUUGAGGUGUUAAUAUUUGCUCUGUAAAGCAGGAGGUGUAUGGGUAAGCAGUGUUCUGUGGGGCUGGCAUGAAGGGGGGAUAACUCCAAAUGUAAUCCUGAUUGGGCAGGUAAGGAGGCUAGUAUGGUGAAACACUUUGCUUUUUUAUUUAAGAGCCUGUUUGAGGGAAAUGGAUCAGUGUUAGAGGUAGAAUGGAGGGGCAGUACUGAAACAGUAUUAGGGUAAGGGGUAUAACAGGGUUAGUACUGAAACAGUAUUUAGAGCAUAGAAUGGAGGUAAUGGACUGGAACAGUAUUAGGGGUACAAGGUAAGAAGAAGAGCAAUAUGUGGAGGGGUCAGUGUUACGGGUGCAUAGAAGCAUUAUGGCAUAUCGCUCUCCUGGGGCUUCAGGGCAGGAGAAGAAUUGGGCACUUGGGUGGGCGGCUUUAAGAUUGGCAUCAGUAGUGCAGUGUUUGUGUCCUUCUGAUUAAGGACUCCACACAAGCUGUGCCGUGAUCUAGCACUAGAAGAGUAAAUGGGGGAAAUAAUCAUGAUUUUUUAUUUAGCAGUGGCACCAUUUUCCUUUUAGCUCUGUGCUCUUUAGUAGUCCUGUACAAAUAAACUCCAAGACCAGACUGUCUGCCUUUAGUAUUGCAGAACUAAAACAUGAUUAGUGAAUUAGUUGCCAGUGACAAAAGGGAUGUUUCUGAUCCACGCUUAUCCAGUGGGCAAGUUAACUGCCACCAGAAGCCCACCAGCUCUUGGGAGAACAAAGUUGUAUUUAUGCAACUGCAGUACCACCAUUAGGCAAGACCUCAGGCCUUUGUGUCCUUCAUUACACAUUGCAUUUCCCUGAUUUAACUUCUAAUUAGGAGAAAGUGUAUUGGACAUGACAAUGCUUUCAGCCACUCCUAUCAUCUUUGUUGUGUAUUUCGCAAAAGUUGUUCCCUGUCUCUUGGAUGAGCAGGAGAUCAGACACAGGUAGGGCCACUUCUAUUUUUAUGAAGAACUUUCUAUGUUAGUCUUCCUGCUGACGGUGCACUAGUUAUGCUGGAGUAACAAGGCAGUGAUAUUGUAACGCGAUUAGUUCAGCAUUGCAUCGAGGAUGGUUUUGCUGUAGGAAGCAGCACAGGGAUUCCUGAUUGACUAAUUACAAAGGUUCAGGGACGAAUUCUAUACAAAUGACUGAGAAUCACGAACCUAUUAGAAAUGAAUUGACUUGUGAGGCACAGUUUCUAAUUCCUUUGGUUGUGAUUUAGGCAAAAUGAGUGCUGUAUUGAACCUCAGAUUGUACUGAAGAGUUUUAUGUUUCUGUAGAUCCAUGGUAUGUUGUACGGGUCCUGAAAAUGUUCCCUGUACUCAAGCUGGAGUAAAUACUAAGUAGUGGCUUAAAAACCCAGAGCAUUCCCCUCUGAAUAUGUGUAAUUAAUUCAUAUUAUUGGAAGCUGCCAUAGUACCACGUUCUUCAUAAAGCUCUCAGUAGAACAGGAGCCAUAAUUCUGGUUUCUAUACCACACAUAUGGUAUCUUGCAGUGAUCUUGUGUACUGUAGCAGUACUAAUCUCUCUCUUUUUAUGGCAUUCAUAGUAACACACUCUAAAUUUGGUGUGCGAGCAGCAGGGGGACAAAGUAUCUAGUCCAGGGCCCUUACGGUGUCCUUCUGGAUCACUGUCCGGCUUCUCAAGUCAAGCUACAGUUUUUCAACUGUAUACCAAAAGUAUCUUGUAAACUCCCCCAUCAAAAUAAGGAUUUGCAUCUUGAGCAGCCAAUGCAAAAUUAAUUGUCUCGGGCUUUAAAAAAAUAGAUAUGACUUGUAAAUAGAGGUUUUUUUUCCCCCCAUUAAAGCUACAGUAUUCUAUAUGAACAGUUCCUGGGGACUGGUAAGCGGAUGCCCUGGGUUUCCUAGGCCAAUAUAUGAUCCUGCGUUACUCCAGUGUCUGAGUUGCAGUGUUUGGCUGCCCUACAGAUGCCAACACAUUGACUGAUCCUGUAGCACAUCACGGCAAUGCACAGGGUACAGCUAAAAGUACAUGUAGUUUUUUCUUCACUGAGCCAAUGACCUAUCUGCCUGUAAAUCAUUGUAUCUGACAGAGAUGGGAAGAUUUCUUCUAAUCAAGUCUUAAUUGUGCCACUAAGCAUUGCAGACCAUUUAGUUUCCACUUAAAUUUGCUUACUAUUAGCAGUCAUUUAAUGUGUUCAUGCUUUAAAGCGAGGCCAGGAAAGCAUGGAGCGUUGGUGGUAGUUCCCAUGAUGGCGUGAUAGCUUUACGUAGAGCUGCCUUGACCUGCUGCUAGUUAUAUGGCAAGCAAUAGGAUUCUGGUGGCUAGCAUCGCUGAGAUCUGCCUAAUGUGCUAUAAGAUGAUGGACUCUGGACUGUGAAGUUUUUGUGGAGGUCCUUGUCAUGAAACAAAUAUUACUUGGAAUCUUUUUUUACUGUGACGUGGAGGCAUUUCUUUUGGAUCAGGUUCUUCUCUCCCCCAUGAGCUUAUCCUCAUAGCCUCCUCUUGUUGCUGAUGAGCUCAAAGCCUGGAAGCAGUGAUACAUGAAGGCUAAUGGCACAUGUAACACUCUGCUGGCAGUGGAGAUUCACCAACGUAUCCCCAAUGUAUCUUCAGUAUAUAGUGUAGGUUUUUAGCUGAGCUUGCUGACCCACUUGUCCUGUGGCAUUCUGGCCCUAUGCACACGAUGUAGCAGAUGCAAGGCCCGUUAUUGAGAUUACCUCCUCCGCUCUCUAUCAGAAUAUUAGAAGCAAAUGUUCUGCCCGGGCUCAGAAUAGACACAACGUCAGGACCCCUUUGCAAUUAGAAGGACAUUUAUCCAUUUUAACCCCCCCCCCCCAUUAGUUUGUGUGUGAAGGCUUGAAAUGAAUGCAUGAGAAACUGUGUGUGUGUGUAUAUAUAUAUACUGUAUAUAUAAAGUGUACAGGAGGCGGCUAUAGACUGUAUAUAAUGUAACUGUCACUCACAUUUCACACUGUAAAUACCGAGAACUCCUGGAAGUCUUUCAUUUUCAUAACUGUUCAAAAUGAUGAUUUUUUUUUAACACAUUUUAUUUUAAAGGGAAAGUUUGUCAUUAAUAAAUCCCCUCAUACAGCUCACGACAUUCACAUAGUUCUGCUGUACUGUGAAGCGUCCCUUCUGAUUUGUCAUAAGGAGAGGGGGCAAAGCUUUAGGCUGGUACAAUGGAUAUUGGUUACCCAUGGGGGUGCUGCAGCUUAGCUAAGUACAGCAAUCAUGUGGGACAGCAGAGAAGGCUUGAGGAAUGUGGGCUGAAUCUCUGGCAUAGGUAGGGUAAUAUCUAUUGCUUAGAGCUGUAAGAGGGUUCGAUUUCAUGGGCAAAGUGUCCAUUUGCAUUUUUUUUGUGGUGACUUCUUUUCUCUGACGGUACUCCCUCUCUUUUCACGUUUCCCCAUUCUGUUACAUUGUGACUCCAUAUUGGCCUCUCUUCCGGAUCCUGUGGCAGUUGGCUCAGGACUAUGAGGCCUCACUCUGUAAUCUAUAGGAACAUCAGCGGUCCAGUCACCUGCAUGCGUUGGGGAAUAGCCUCCAGUUCUGGCAGGCGUUGCCAACACACUACUACGUUCUUACAGUUACAGACAAAUGUUUCAGACCCCCCCCCCCAUUUCAACUUUUUUCUGCCUUUCUUACAGUAAAUACAUGUUUUGCUCUGUUUCCUGGUAUCAUGUAAUCGGACAGUUUCUGUCUCCGUAAAUAAAGUAUUCCACCCUGUGUCUUGCUUAAGAACCAUCUAAAUUUUAGUAAAAAUGUUACACACCAAA